AUUAUUGGUGCACAAUGUCGUCAGGCAGGCUGUCAGCCUUGCUCGUCCGAUCCCGCAGGUGAACAGACAGAUGGACUGAUUGGGUAGCUGUUGGCAAGCUAGUUACCCAUUAUUCUUCCACUCCACCUCGCCCGUGGCCCGUACCCGUCGUCGUCGUCCACACAGCCACAAGCUGCUGCUGCUGCUGCGCGUGCUUCCUCUUCAGUUCAGCUGAGGUAGCGGCGCCUCACCCAUCCCCCCCGCUACAUACACAUAUCUCCUUCUUCGAAGAACUCGGUCCUUUGGGAGCGAGCAGGAGCAGGAGCAGGACAGGACCAGGAAGAUCAUUAUCAGGAGAAGCUAGGCGGGGAUAUGGCGAACGCUGGCGGCGGGGCGGCCGGGGAAGGGGAGUGGCUCAAGGUCGCCCAGCUCAGGGCCCUCGUCCAGGAGGACCACCGCGCCAAGGAGGUGGACAACCUGACGCUGCGUCGGUUCCUGCGCGCGCGCGGCCACAACGUGGACAAGGCGGCCGCCAUGCUGCUCAAGUUCCUCAGGUGGCGGGCGGAGGCGGCGCCCGGCGGCGGCACCGUGCGGGAGGAGCAGGUGCGCGGGGAGCUGGAGCAGGACAAGAUCUACAUGGGCGGCGUCGACAGGACCGGCCGCCCCAUCAUCGUCGGCUUGCUCGCCAAGCACUACUCCGCCAACCGCGACAUGGCGGAGUUCAAGAGUACGUCGACGACGUGGCCCUUCUUUCUUCAUCAAUCAAAAUGCGUGUGUACGAUCCCCAGAGGGCAGGAGAAGUUCCUCGCCAUCAUGGAUCUCAAGGGCUGGGGCUACGCAAACUGCGACGUCCGGGCCUACAUCGCGGCCAUUGAGAUCAUGCAGAACUACUACCCGGAGCGGCUGGGCAAGGCGCUGAUGAUCAACGUGCCCUACAUCUUCCUCAAGGUGUGGAAGACGAUGAUCUACCCCUUCAUCGACGCCAACACCAGGGACAAGUUCGUGUUCGUGGAUGACAAGAGCCUGCGGGAGACGCUGCGGCGGGAGAUCGACGAGAGCCAGCUCCCGGAGUUCCUUGGCGGGAAGAUGCCUCUCGUCUCCCUCAAGGACUACGCCCAGCAGCCUCAGCCCGUUUGCGAGUGAGUCUGUCGUAGCGAUGGUGGCCGGCCGGUGACGUGAGCGACCCAAAGCCGAAAGCUGAUUCGAUCUAGACUAAGCUAAUACAGCCUACAAGAGGGAGGAAGAGAGGCCCUACCCGUGGAAUUAAGUCAUUAGUUUGUGGUCCAAUUCAAUAAGAAAGUAAAUGUGGUGUGUGAAGAUGGUAUGGCAUUAUCAGUCUUUAAUCCCAUAUUAUACAUUUAGAUAGAAGAAAAUCAACUUAUAUGUGGUAGUGUUCCCUACUUUUUAUAUGAGAUAAAUAAAGGGAUACGGAGAAUGCUGCACGCACGCUCUCGCUCA